UGGAAACCCACGUGGCGUGUUAAUUAUCUCCCCUUAUUCAUUAUAUCCGUGCUUUCUGUUUUAAAUUUGUAUAUUUGUCACUUUGGAAACUAAGAACCAAAAAAUGAAAACCCAGAAAAUAUUGAUUCUUGGUGGUGGCGGUCGUGAACAUGCGCUAGCCUGGAAGAUUGCUCAAUCUGACCAAGUUCUUAGUGUGUACACGUCUCCAGGAAAUGCAGGAACAGCGCAAAAUGGUAAAAUCACUAAUGUUGAUCUCAAAGUUAAAGACUUCCCAGGAGUUGUCAGUUGGUGUAAAGAGAAUUGUAUAAAUCUGGUGAUUGUAGGACCAGAAGAUCCCUUGGCUGCUGGAAUUGCUGAUUUUCUUCAGGAACAUGGAAUUGAAUGUUUUGGCCCCAGUGCUAAAGCAGCUCAAAUUGAAGCUAGCAAAGAAUUUGCAAAGAAUUUCAUGAUUCGUCAUGAUAUUCCAACUGCUCGUUUCAAGACAUUCACCAAGGCAGAUGAGGCCUGUGAACACAUUCGAAGUGCUCCAUAUAAAGCAUUAGUGGUGAAGGCAAGUGGGUUGGCUGCUGGCAAAGGAGUGGUUGUCGCUAGAUCAGUGGAAGAAGCUUGUCAAUCAGUUAAGGAUAAUCUUGAGGACAAGAUAUUUGGUGCCGCUGGUGAGACUGUCAUUAUUGAAGAAUUACUUGAAGGAGAAGAAGUGUCUUGUCUUGCUUUCACAGAUGGAAAUACUGUUGCUAUGAUGCCUCCUGCUCAGGACCACAAACGUCUUAAAGAUGGGGAUUCUGGACCCAAUACUGGUGGAAUGGGUGCUUACUGUCCUUAUCCAAAGAUUACAGAGUCUGAACUUAAACUUGUUAAAGAGACUGUUCUACAAAAAGCUGUUGAUGGACUGAGAUCAGAAGGAAUGCCAUUUGUAGGGGUUCUUUAUGCUGGUUUAAUGCUUACAGCUGAUGGGCCUAAAGUUUUAGAAUAUAAUUGCCGUUUUGGUGACCCAGAGACGCAGUCCAUCCUUCCUCUGCUCAAAUCGGAUCUUCUCACAGUCUGCACUGCCUGCGUCAACGGUACACUGCAACAUACCAUGCCAGAAUUUGAUUCAGUAUCCAAAGUCCUUGGUGUUGUCGUCGUUAGUGGAGGCUAUCCUGGUUCAUAUAAGAAAAAUCUUCCACUCACAGGUCUUGAAGAAGCUGAGGCAUCUGGAGUGACUGUUUUCCAUGCUGGUACAUCUCUCCAAGAUGGACAGAUAGUGACUUCAGGUGGUCGAGUUUUGGCAGUGGUAGCUAAAGAAAAAGAUUUUCAGUCAGCUUCUGACAAAGCCCAGAAGGGGGCAUCUUUGAUUAAGUUCACUGAUGCAUUUUAUCGAAGGGAUAUUGGACACAAGAUUCUUUCAAGGGGUGUCCAGAACUUUAAUAGUCUGUCCUAUAAAGCAGCUGGUGUUGAUAUUACUGCUGGAAAUUCUCUUGUUGAGUUAAUCAAGCCGUUGGCUAAGGCUACCCAAAGGGAAGGCUGUGAAGCUGCAUUGGGCUCCUUUGGUGCUAUAUUCAACCUACAUCAAGCAAAGUACACAGAGGAACCUUUACUUGUGUCAGGUACAGAUGGUGUUGGGACAAAGCUCAAGGUUGCACAGAACGUUGGCUUUCAUAAAUCUGUUGGAAUCGAUCUUGUUGCUAUGGUAGUCAAUGAUAUUUUGGCUCAUGGUGCUGAACCGCUUUUCUUUUUGGACUAUUUUGCUUGUGCCAAGCUUGAUGUGUUGCAAGCUAGAGAUGUGAUUGAAGGAAUUGCUGAAGGUUGUAAAUUAUCUGGAUGUGCAUUAGUGGGUGGGGAAACUGCUGAAAUGCCUGGUAUGUACCAGAAAGGGGACUAUGAUUUAGCGGGUUUUGCUGUUGGUGCUGUUGAAGCCAAACAAUUAUUACCUCGACUUGCUGACAUUACAGUAGGAGAUGCUGUCAUUGGAUUGGCAUCAAGUGGAAUCCACAGCAAUGGGUUCAGUUUAGUUCGGAAGAUCAUUGAAGUAAACCAACUCUCAUAUGAUAUGCAUUCUCCCAUCUCAUCAGGAAAGACUUUGGGGGAAGAGUUAUUGUGUCCAACUAAGAUUUAUGUGAAAUCUGUUUUACCUCUCAUGAGACAAAACCUUGUUAAAGCGUUUGCACAUAUUACUGGUGGAGGCCUCGUUGAAAACAUUCCAAGAGUUCUCCCUAGAGAUUUAGCUGUUCAACUUGAUGCUAUGGCCUGGAAUGUUCCUCCAAUUUUUGGGUGGCUUCAAAUGAAAGGAAAGGUUUCUGAAAGUGAGAUGGCAAGGACCUACAAUUGUGGAAUUGGUGCUAUACUUAUUGUUGAAAACCAGCAAGCAAACUUUGUUAGGAAAAGUUUAGAAAAUUCUGGAGAAAAAUCUUGGAUUAUUGGAUCAGUUGUUAAACAACAAGAUAACCUGAGUGUUAAUUUGAUGAAUUUGGCUCCAGCAUUGCAGGGCAGUUGUAUUUCAAAGUUAAAAAAUGACCAGAAGAAAAAAGUUGCUGUACUCAUAUCUGGCUCAGGGACGAAUCUCCAAUCACUGAUAAACUUUACCCAAAAUCCACAGAACAAUAGCUCAGCUGAGAUUGCCCUGGUGAUUUCAAACAAGCCAAAUGUCGGAGGUCUUAAUCGUGCUCAACGUGCUAAUAUUCCUACCAUGGUCAUCAACCAUAAGGAAUUCAAAAGCCGAGAAGCGUUUGAUGAAUUUGUUCAUGAAGAACUUAUUCGUGCGAAAAUAGAGAUUGUGUGCCUUGCUGGUUUCAUGAGAAUUCUCUCAGCUCCUUUUGUAAGGAAAUGGCAAGGGGCAAUGCUAAAUGUACAUCCAUCUUUACUUCCAUCAUUUAAAGGAGCGAAUGCACACAAACUAGUGCUUGAAGCAGGUGUAAAAUUGACUGGAUGUUCUGUACAUUUUGUUGCACCUGAAGUAGACUCUGGAGCUAUAUUGGUUCAGAAAUCUGCACCAGUUUAUCCUAAUGACACAGAAGAUACUUUAUCAGAAAGAGUCAAGCAACUUGAACACGUUGCUUACCCUGAAGCUCUUGAGCUUCUUGCUAGUGGAGAGAUUUUAUUGCAAGAAAAUGGUAAAAUAUUAUGGCGAGAUUGGUGUUGAGCCACUUUCACAAUAGCUGGGAAAAGAAUUUGCAUUGCAAACAAAUGUUUACAGGAAAAAAAAAAAGAAAGAAAAACACAAACUGGUUUGCUUAUGAAUCUCAUUAAAAUACUCAGUUUUGUACCCCA